GGUUGGUCGAGCGAGGGGAAAAGAGAGAGACAGGGGUGUGUCGCUUUUAUAGAAGGACCUCGCGUACAUUCCAGGGUUGGCACGGGUAUAUAUACGAUCUGAACAGCAAGCGUGCAUUUUAACGCCUCCCGUUAUUCCAGUCGCUGUCACCGGUCCGCCGAGCAACAAGAAACCUACUCAAGAACAUUCUCUAUAAAAUGCCCAGCGAACGUCCGUCAGUGAGGGGCGUGUCUGGAGUGGGCCGGUACGCCGGUGCGGCUCCGCCCACCCGGGUGCAGGUGUCAAUCAAUCCCAAUGACGGCAGCAAGAAGGAAGAGGUGGAAGAGGGGGGGUGUCGCAGCUGGUUCCGGAAGAUGUGCCCGUGCUGCUGCGAGCCCCAAGCCAGCAACUCUUAUGAUAUCACCAAUAAGGUCGAGGUGGUCCCCUUUACGCCCGUUGCCGACAAGGACCCGCCCAAGUUCCUGCCCCUGACCAAUGGAAACGAGAUGGAGGAGGUGAAGCUGUGUGUGCGGGCGGUGGACCUGCUGAGCUCUCAGUCGGGUCAGAACCGCACGGAGCACCACACCGACGCCUACCACGGGGACGAGCUGGUCCUGCGGCGAGGCCAGGCCUUCCAGAUCCAGCUGGAGCUGAGCCGGCCCUACAACCAGGACACGGACAGCAUGCACCUGGACCUCAAGACAGGUCCUCUGCCCAUCGUGUCCAAGGGCACCCACAUCAUCGUGCCGUUGGUAGACGAUCUAGAGGACGACCGGUGGGAAGCCAAGAUCGUGGAGCAGAUCGGCAACACGGUGAAGCUGUCGGUCAACUCCACCCCCAAGGCGGUGGUGGGUGUGUACGCACUCUCUGUCACCACUUGCUCAGCCAAGGGCGGUGACGUCACCGUCCACGAGGCCGGCAAGAAGGUGGUGAUGCUGUUCAACCCCUGGUGUGAAGAUGACUCAGUGUUCCUGGACGACGAUGACGAGAGGAACGAGUACGUUCUCAACGACACCGGGAGGAUCUACUAUGGAACCGAGAAACAGAUCGGCGCCCGGACCUGGAACUUUGGACAGUUCCAGGAGGGUAUUCUGGAGGCGUGUCUGUUCUUGCUGGAGAAGAGUGAGAUCGCCCCCGCUGGCCGCUGGGACCCCAUCAACGUGGUGCGGGUCAUCUCCGCCAUGAUCAACGCGCAGGACGACUACGGCGUUCUGAUCGGGAACUGGAGCGGGGACUACAGCGACGGGACGAGCCCCGCGGCGUGGAGCAGCAGCGUGGACAUCCUGAAGCAGUACCACGAGGCCGAUGGGACGCCCGUGGCCUACGGACAGUGCUGGGUCUUCUCUGGGGUCACCAACACAGUGCUCCGGUGCCUGGGGAUCCCGGCCCGCAGCGUGACCAACUUCCAGUCGGCCCACGACACCGACGUGUCCCUCACCACCGACGUCUACCUGGACGAGGAAAUGGAGCCCAUCAACCACCUCAACAAAGACUCUGUGUGGAACUUCCACGUUUGGAACGACUGCUGGAUGGCGCGUCCCGACCUGCCUCCGGGACACGGCGGCUGGCAGGCGGUGGACUCCACCCCCCAGGAGACGAGCCAGGGCACCUUCCGCUGCGGCCCCGCCUCCGUCAACGCCAUCCGCGCCGGACAGGUCUUCCUCAAGUACGACACGCCCUUCGUCUUCGCCGAGGUGAACAGCGAUAAGAUCUACUGGCAGAGGAACCUGGACGGGACCUUCGCCCAGAUCUACAGCGAGAAGAAGGCAGUGGGCCACUUCAUCAGCACCAAGGCGGUGGGCUCCGACGAGAGGGCCGACAUCACUAAGCUCUACAAGCACAGUGAAGAUUCGGAAGAGGAGCGCAUCUCCGUGGAGACGGCCAGUCGCUACGGCAGCAAGCCCGACACGUACUCCGUGGCCUUGGCCGAGGACGUGAAGGUGGAGGUGACGAUGGACGGGGAGGGGCCCCACAUGGGGGCCGACGCCCACCUGAGCAUCAAGGUGAAGAACCUGAGCUCCUCGCCGCGCUCCACCGCGCUGCACAGCCAGGCGUCCGUCAUGUACUACACGGGCGUGCUGAAGGGCACCGUGAAGAAGGAGACGCUGACCAUCCACCUGCUGGCAGAUGAAGAGAAGACCAUCGACUGGGUGCUGCCCUACCAGCUGUACCAGGACCAGCUGGUGGACCAGGCCGCCAUGAUGCUCACCCUGUCCGGCCGGGUCUCUGAGACCCAGCAGGUCCUGGCCCACCAGACCACCUUCCGACUGCGCACACCCGAUCUGGAAGUCAAGCCCGUGGGAGACGCGCAGGUGGGUAAGGAGAUGUCUGCUAAGAUCAGCUUCACCAACCCGCUGCCCCGGACCCUGCAGGGGGUGGUCAUCAGGGUGGAGGGCCUGGGGCUGCAGAAGGGCCACAAGGUGGUGGUGGGGGAUGUGGGCGCCAACUCCACGGUGAGGGUGACGGAGCACUUCGUGCCCACCCAGCCGGGCCUCAAGAAGCUGGUGGUGUCCCUGGACUGUAAGCAGAUGAGCCAGGUCCACGGGGUGGCAGACAUCCUGGUCCUGGAGGCCUGAGGCCCAGGAAGGUGACCCUCCAUCCUCCACAUGCAGCCCGGCCCACCAACCCGCCCACCCAUCACCGCUGGGUGGGCCAAGCACUGAAAGGAUCACGGUCAUCAAGUCAACCCCAUGGCAUGGUGGAUGGUCCGAUUUAAACAUUUGUACAAUUUAGUCGUCCAUAGAGGAUUUUAUCCCUCGUGACGUGACUAACAGUGGAUUUAGAUACAGGUCUGGGUUAAGGCCUCCUAGGCCAGGGACACCUACAGGCUACGAUGCUGUCAUGGAGAGGGGAAUCAAACCCAUUACUUAGUGGGGCUGGGAGGUGAACAGCGCAGCCACUAUACCUUCUGACAGUUGACCUCCUCACUGAGUGUGUGGGCUGGAAGAUGGCUUUUAUCUAACGAGAUGCGACGUCAUUCAGAUACAGGCCAGGUGAGAACAAGAAGGGGUUAAGCUGUGCACAUGGGUUGAUCACGCAUCAAUUUUGGAUGCAUGACAUGAUGAAACCGUCAGUGUUAUUAUCAUUGUGUAACAUGGCCAUUGUAUUUCAUUUUCUAUUGUCCCACACUUUAUUUGUGGGACAAAAACUGUACACAUACGUUUAUAUAGUGCACGAUACGCGUCUAGGAAUAAACCCUAAUAAGGAAGUGAACGCUAGAGUAGCAUUUAUAACUUUGAAGUCACACAGAAACAUGUGUCUAUGUAUAUAGUGUGUUAUCUAUGUCACUUCGGUGACACACAUGCACUGAUUUUGCUAUUACUUAAGCUAAGCUGAGUGAGGAAACAAUGGUUACCUACAAUGUGCCUUACACAGCUCACCUGAAGGACAACCCCUUAGUCAAAUAACAAAUACAUUAGACUAUUCUCGUUUUUUUUUAUUAUUUUAUUAUAUUACAUUUUAUUUCUGUUUUUUGCCGUCCAAAUUGAGUGUAAUAUGAGGUGGUGUUUGCGUAAGAACGACCGGUUUAGAUACCGUAAAAAAUCAAGACUAACGUGGUGCUAUGCCAUUCACCUGAUUGUGACAGUUUAUAUGUUGAACACUGACGUCAGUAUUAUGUUAUAACUCGCAAUAAUCUGUUUGCUCAUUUUAAAUCACUUUCUACUGUUUGUACAGCUCGUUCAUCUACCAAGACAGGCAUGAACACUUCCCUUACCCCCCCUGUCCCUGUCCCCACCAAGGGCACGAAAACUUCCCUUAGCCCCCCCCCCCCCCCCCUUCCUGCUUUUCAGCCACUAAAAACAAAUGUGAAAAGAACAAAUAUAUUUUUAAUAAUGCAUCACCGUAUUUAUCCAACUAAAUUGUGUUUUACUGUUGUUUUUUUUACUUAUUGUGACGCUAAUAAAGUCAAAUACAGUAAAACGA